AUGGACAUUCUCUGCAAGCAAAAACUCGGCCAGGGCAGCCUCUUGUUCUACCAGACUGGUCCUGAUAGCAUCUCGGAGCAUGGUAGCAGGCGCGCGGUGAUUCGCAAGUGGCUGUCUGGAGAGCGCGCGUGUUCCCUGCAAGCGCAAGUGGAGUUUGCUGAUCGCGGCGUGCGGUGCUUUGCAGCUUCCAAGCAGCUCCUUGUUGCUCGGAUCCUGGACCAAGCACGUCAGCCCCAGGGCGGAGAAGCUGGCAAGGGACUGGAACAAGGAUGGAGGAUAGGCCGGAACUGA